AUGAAGUUUGCCUCAAUGACUUUCCUACCACCUUUUAUCCCAUCCAUGAGCAGAUCUCAAAGACUAUAGAGGUCAGUAAGACAGGGUGGUAGGGGUUACGGAAUCAUAGAAAAUCAUAGAUAGAUAGAACGAUGAUUCAGCUGCUUUAUUCUAUUUGUUCAGACCACUCAUCCAUUCGCUUACUCAUUCAUUGCAUUGUGUCCCAUACGGUCUGGUAAAAAAGAGGACUCAUCCUAUUACUUUGUCAAUUUUCCAAACAAAAGUUUACGAUCUGGAAUUUGAGAUCCUACUUUGUUCAACUAGUAAACUAGAAUUUUAAGUGAAUAGUGGAUAUAGUUGUUUCGAAUGACUUCUGAUUCAUUAAGAAGGAAUCCUUUAAGUGAAAAACAAUAUCAAAUUAAUGGAGAUGGUGGCGUCGUUUGCCGUGGACUAAAAUUUGACGAUGUUCAUUAUUCCAGUUUUGAGAAUCCAUUAAAGAGAGAGUUUUCUCCUAAUUCUACUGAAGUACAGAAAGAUCAUUGUACAACCGAUUCAGCUUAUUCUCUUGCAAAUGGUGCUACUUGUCUAAUGCAAUCAACAUCACCAUCUAGGUCAAUAUUUUUACCAGUAAAUCAAAAUAAUUCGAAUAUGUCAAAUAUCUAUGGUGGAGGUUUUCGUUACCAUGUUCGUCGACCUGUGGAAUCGUGGAAAUUUUUUGAGACAAAUAAAAGUGAUGGUUCCAAAGUCUAUCUAUGCAGGCUAUGUGGUUCCAGUUAUAAACACAAAAAAUCACUGAAUAAACAUUGGAAAGAUAAACAUUUUACAGAAUUGAGUAAUGCUGAAGGAAACUGUCAAGCCGACGGUGAAUUGGAUGAAGGUGAUGAUGGAGAUGGAGACGAUUCCGAAGGUGAUGGGAAGCCAUUGAACAAUAGUUAUAACACUCCACUUUCAUCUAUCGAGAAUUUAAAUUUAAAUAAGCUGAAUAAUAAAUAUUUAGAAGGAAGAGAGAAUUAUUCAUAUAAGAGUCCUGGUUCAGUGGGACGGACUUAUAGUAUGAGGACUGAGAAUUCUGAAAAUUGUCUACCUGAUCCAAAUCAUUUAAUGUCUCGUAGGAUGGGCAGUGAACAGAAUGAAAAUGAUCUGAAAAAUGAUAUAGUUGUUAGUAGAUCCAAUAUGAUUACAGAGCUACAUAAAUCUGGAUAUCUGUCAGUACCAGGAGAUCAUUCAGAUCGAUUUGUCGUUGGUCGUAAGCGUUUGUCAGCUAUACCUUGUCAUUCCCCAGUUGUUCAAUCAAAGAUGCAUGGUCGAGUUUCUGAAUGUGGAGUGAAACGUAUUCGGUCGCCGAACACUGAUUAUACAAAUCUGGGUAGCAAACGGAGACACAGUGUGGUUUCGCGUGGGAGAGAAGAAUGUGCUGUUGACGUGAGAGAGAAAUUUUAUGAGUCAUCAUGUUCAAACAGGAACACUCCAGAUGGUGACAUUAUAUCCAGUUGUGUGGCAAGUCGGUUAGGUGUGAAUUCUGUAGAUCAACACGUGAAUGAAAUUACUUUAGAUGAAGUGAAACCACUUGAUUUAUCAGUUGUAAGGGUAAUGGAGACUGAAGUUGACUGUGGACGACCGUCAAGCGGAACCGGUGUUAGUCCUGGUAGCACAGUGGAUUCGGUCAAGGCUGAUGCUUUUAUUGUAAAUGAUUCAGUUAAGGUACAACAAGAGGAAUUAGUGUCAGUAACGCCGACUUCCACUUCAAUGGAGAAUGGUGGUAAGAACAAGAAAAGAGAAAGUCGUGUCAGUCGUGCUCUGCUGAUUGGAUUGUUGCAAACAGCACUGAGUACUUUGGAGAAUGAAGUUGACGACAAAAUGAGUGAAUCGUAUGAAUCUAGUUUUGAGUUAUCUACCACUUCGGCUAGUUUGCUGUUAGCUGUUGGUAGUCUGUUAGUUACUUUAUCUGAGAAGAAGUCGGGUGUGUGUUCUGUUGCUGCUCCCGUCGAAACAUGUGCUAGUAAGAAGAAUGUAGAUGAAGUGAUUGAAGGAAGAUUGCAUUCGGGUUUUGAUGGUACAACAGGUAGUGAGAAGUUGGUUAGUAGUUCUAGGGACUGUUUUCAAGUAUCUUCUGAUACAUUUCCUCGUCUUGUUAAUGACCAUUCGCAUUCACCAGAUGAUUGUACUUCUAGACCACUUGAAACUCGGAAGUUCGUUGGGAAAGUGGAAGACAGUUGUAUGGAUCGUAUAGUAGAAAGUAGGAAGGAUAGAGGAUCACUUUCUGCAUAUGAGUAUGGUAUUAAUGAGAAUGAAAUUUCAUUUGAAGCUCUGGAUAAUGGACCACCAUUAACAGGUGUGGAAGGUAUGAAGAAAUGUGAUGGGUCGGAGCCAGUGAUUAUUUGUCCUGUUUGUAAAUUUGGUGCACGUUGGUUCAGUGAAUUGCGUGCUCACAUGGUGAACCAUUCUGAGCAUCGAAUGUUUGGUUGUUGUUAUUGUCAUUAUCGAGCGAAGUGGAAGUGGGAUGUCGCAAAACAUAUGCGCCGAUGUCCAUUGGGUCGUCAUGUUUCUCACUUACAGAAUGAAGCAUUAUUGCGUAUAGUCAGAUAUUAUCCACCUCCAGAAGAUGAUAUUUUGUAUAGUUAUUUUCCGCAGAAUGGUUUUCCAGGUGUUGGAGUUGAUCAUCCUCCAACACCACCGAUAAAUUCAGUGAAACGUAAUGAUUAUGAACGAGUUCGUGCAUACGAUUGUGAAAGUAAAGAUUGUUCAUUAUUUCCGGGUCGUUUGUGUGAUGAGAGUGAGGUAGGAGGUAUGGUUAGAGGAUUAGUUUGUGAGAGGAACGUGGGAAGUGAGAAUAAUGAUGCGUCGAUAUCGGUAUCCGCUGCUAACAAUGGACAUGAGUGUCAUGCACUUGAAGGAGAUGUAGUUAAAGAUGUUGGGGACUGUGAAGAAAAUGAAUCUGGUGAUUUGGUGAUAGUAGAUGAUGGUGACGAUGUAGAAAAGAUAUCUGAAGUCAGUGGUGACGUAACAAGUAUAAACGGGUCGAAAGAACGUAUUUGUUCUACCAGUGACCAGUGUAAUCGACAAAACGAAGAUGAGGUGAGUGUUCAUGUGUUUAUAUCUCAUUCCUAUAAUUACAAUCAUAUUUGCUUUUAGAUUAAUUUCGAAUUUAAUUCCAAGUCAAAAGUCACUUGAUUUCUUGGAAUAUUUAUGAGAUGAUGACUUGAUAUUUCAUAUAUUUCGACCUGUUUAUUGAUGGGCUAACUUAGCAGAUAGUGUCGUUAUUUAUCUUGUUCUAUGAAGCUUGGAUUUUUAUUUUAUGUAGACUGUAAUUGUAAAUAUUCUAAUAUCAAACUUCAUGCAAAACACUUUUAGUAAGC